CUAAAAUGAAAUUGAAGAUGAAGGAGUAUCUGCUAUUUGUAUUGCACUAUGUAGAUGUAAACUACUUAUGAAUCUAAAAUUUGAGCUUUGUAAUAUUUAAAUUGGAAAUGAAGGAGCAUAUUCGUUUGAAAAAGUAUUAAGUAGCUGCAAGUCACUUAUUAAUUUAAAAUUUUCGCUUAG